UACUCCUCCUCCUCGCUUCCUUCCCCAUCCAUCCGCAUGGAUCGCGCCGCGCGGCUCGCCCGCCGCCGCGGGGGCGGAGGCGGAGGCGGAGGCGGAGGCGGAGAGACGGUGCCGAAGCCCCGCCGCAAGGGGCGGCACGGCGACGCGGGGCCGCCAAUCGUCAUCGACAUCGACGACGGGGAGGCGGAGGAGGAGGAGGGCGUGGGUGGUGGAGCGGCGGCGGUGGCGGCGCCGCCUGUGGGGGCCGUGGCGACGCGGACGCGAUCGCGGAGGAUGGCGAUGAUGGUGAUGGUGCGGGCGCCAGCCACACCGGUCGUGGCGGAGCCGCCUCCGCCGCCGCUGUUGCUGCCGACGCCGAGCGGGAAGAGGAGGAGGAGGAAGGGGGCGGGCGGCGAGGGGAGCAGGAGCGCGGGGCCGUCGAGGGAGAAGCGGCGCGUGCGCUCGCGGCGAUCCUCGGGAUCAUCAGCGGACGGGGUUCGGGCGCGCAAGCGCAAGGAGGCGGAAGUGGAAGCCGAAGCAGAGGCGGGAGCUCUCGCCUCCGGAGGAUGGGUGGAGGGGUCUCCACUUGACGGAGGUGAGAGCAGCGGGCGUGCCGAUGACGCUUCGCGCAAUGGCUAUGGCGAGGCUCGCGUUUGGAAUGCGGAUGGCACUGAUCAAGGAGACGAGGAACAUCGCAGUGUUUCUGGUGGGGAUCGAACCGAGGAGCAUUGCGGGAAUGGGGAAGUCAGUGUUGUCAAUUCGAACCAUGAUGGAGGUGGGCAGAAUGGUUGUUUUGACACGGACGAGGAGAUCAUUGCUGGGACGGACACGGGGGAUUGUGAGAACACGGAGUUAGCAGUUGUGGAUUCUAUCAAUGAAGAGUUGGUGGCGCCAUAUGAGGAUGAAUAUGACGACGAAUUGUUGGAGGAAAAGCUUGUUGGAGAUGUCAUUCGUGCUUACAGCAAUGGUGCUAAUUUGGAUGCGAAUGGAGUGGACUGGGAAGCUGAGGAUGAGAUGGAAUUUGACGAUGAUAAUGAUAAUGAUUAUGAUGACAAUGAUGAUUCUAGGGGUGAUGCUGAUGAAGGUGACAAAUCUGUACAAAUGCAUGACUUUUCAAAGAUAGAAGCACAAGAUUUUGUGAACCACAAUGUUGAUGGAGUGAGGCGUCAUGAGGAUGAGGAGGUUCUCAAGGAUGAGAUGGAGUUGAAGGGAGAAGGAACUCUCAGUUAUAAUGAAGGGAGCUUGCAUAUAGAAAUUCUUGACUCUGAUGAGGAAGUCAAAGUGGUCAAGGACACAAGAAAUUUCUCAAGAAGAAAGUCGUUAGCGCAACCAAAGCUACCGAUUGCGCCAUCUUGUGUUGCAUGGAGAACUCGGUCAUCAUGGGGUAUGAAGGAAGAAAGGUUUUCGUACAAUACAUAUUUUGAGACAUUGUCUGACGAGCCAAAAGAGGAUGAUGAGGAUACUGAUGUGGAAUUGGAUGAUGAGGAUGAUGACGAUGAGGACAAUAGUGCUAGCUGUGAUGAAGAGGAAGAAGAGGAAAGAAAGGAGGAAGAGGAAGAGGCUCAAAGGAGAAAGCAAAAGAAAGGGAUUGACUCAUCUGAUGAUGAGAUGAUUGAUGAUGCUGUAGAUUGUGGCAUUGACUGGGAGGACGAUGAUUACCCAGAGGUUGAUUUUACUCGACCACUUAACUUUAAUAAAUAUGGCAGUGAGGCCCCUGUUGGCAGCGAGGCUUUCACAGAGCAACAGAAGAGAUCAAGAUUUACAUGGGAGCUUGAGAGGAGGAAAAAACUGAAGCUUGGAAUAAUGAAGAACCAUCGUUUAUAUGAACGAGACCUGGAAUCCGAUUCCAACUCAUCCAGUUCUAGCCAGAAUAAAAAAAAUGGAUGCCAAGGGAGUGGUGAUCGCAGAACUGGGAGGAAAAGGAAGAAUCUAUUAUCAAAGUCUGAUAAGAAAUCCAGCCGCAUGCUAAAGCGACAAUCUCUCCUGAAGCUUCUGAUGGACAAGAUGUGUAGCAAUGAUGAUAGGAAGUCUUCUCCUUUUGACCAGAAUCCCCAGAUUGAGUAUAGUUUCAAGGAUUUGCAUCCAUUGGUUUUUUCAUUUGGGGACGACGAUCCUAUACCAACUGAUAGGCCAGAGCCAGCUGCUGCAAUAGACAUGCUAUGGGCUGAUUUAGACUUCACUUUAGAGUCGGAGAAUAUUGGGACUUAUUAUGAUGACGAGGGUCAACAGAGCAGUCUGCUAGAUCUUGCGCUUGCUCCUAUUACACCUUGUUCUAGAGGGAAGCACGAAUUCAUUAUCGACGAGCAAAUAGGAAUCAGAUGCAAAUACUGCUCCUUGGUAAAUCUGGAAAUCAGAUUUAUUUUACCAUUACUGGCCUCCAAUUUCGCAGAGAAACCUGCAUGGCGAAAUAGCUCUUGUUUGAAGACUGCAUUAAUGUGUCCUGAUCUUUAUGAGCAAACAGGGGCUGGUGAUGGACAAUCUCAAGAUUUUCAUAUAAACGGGACUGUGUGGGAUCUCAUUCCUGGGGUCAUUACUAGUAUGUAUCAGCAUCAACGUGAGGCAUUUGAGUUUAUGUGGACAAAUCUAGUUGGUGAUAUUAGGCUUAAUGAAAUAAAGCAUGGCGCUAAGGCUGAUGUUGUUGGAGGAUGUGUGAUCUGUCACGCCCCAGGCACAGGAAAGACCCGUUUGGCUAUUGUGUUUAUCGAGACAUAUAUGAAGGUAUUCCCAGAUUGCCGACCAGUGAUUAUUGCACCUCGUGGGAUGUUGUUUGCUUGGGAACAAGAGUUCAAGAAAUGGAAUGUCAAUGUUCCUUUUCAUAUAAUGAACACCACUGAUUACUCUGGGAAGGAAGACAGAGACAUAUGUAGGUUAAUAAAGAAAGAGCAUCGGACUGAAAAAUUGACUCGGCUUGUAAAACUGUUUUCAUGGAACAAGGGUCACGGUGUUCUUGGAAUAAGUUAUGGUCUAUAUAUGAAACUAACAUCUGAAAAGUCUGGCUGCACUGGAGAAAACAAAGUGAGAAGCAUUCUUCUUGAGAACCCUGGUUUGCUUGUUCUUGAUGAAGGGCACACACCUAGGAAUGAACGCAGUGUCAUCUGGAAGACACUAGGAAAAGUUACAACUGAGAAGCGUAUAAUUCUAUCUGGAACUCCUUUCCAAAAUAAUUUUCUUGAGCUUUACAAUAUUCUCUGUUUGGUGAGGCCCAGGUUUGGUGAAAUGUUUUUGACUAAAACAAGAGUGGGUCGAAGGCAUCAUGUCUCUAAGAAGCAACGGGAUAAAUUUUCUGAUAAAUAUGAGAAAGGAGUUUGGGCAUCCUUAACUAGUAAUGUAACUGAUGAUAAUGCAGAAAAGGUAAGAUCAAUAUUGAAGCCAUUCGUUCAUAUUCAUAAUGGGACUAUUCUUCGAACUCUUCCGGGGCUUAGAGAGUGUGUGAUUGUUCUGAAACCUCUACCACUUCAAAAGAGUAUCAUUAGAAAGGUGGAAAACAUUGGAUCUGGUAACAAUUUUGAACAUGAAUACGUUAUUUCUUUAGCUUCCACACAUCCUUCACUUGUAACUGCUAUCAACAUGUCUGAAGAGGAAGCUUCACUUAUCGAUAAACCAAUGCUUGGAAGAUUAAGGUCUAAUCCUUAUGAAGGGGUAAAAACAAGGUUUGUAAUGGAAGUUGUUCGUCUAUGUGAAGCGCUGAAAGAAAAAGUAUUGAUUUUUAGUCAAUUUAUUCAGCCAUUGGAACUGAUAAAGGAACAUCUUCGUAAGUUUUUCAAAUGGAGAGAAGGAAAGGAGAUUCUCCAAAUGGAUGGUAAGAUCCUUCCAAGAUAUCGUCAGAAUUCAAUUGAGGUUUUCAAUAAUCCAGAUAGUGAGGCGAGGGUGUUACUUGCAUCUACAAGAGCUUGUUGUGAAGGGAUUAGUCUAACAGGGGCUUCGAGAGUUGUUCUUCUAGAUGUUGUUUGGAAUCCAGCUGUCGGAAGGCAAGCUAUCAGCAGAGCAUUUAGGAUAGGACAGAAGAAAUUUGUAUAUACAUACAAUUUAAUAACUUAUGGAACAGGUGAAGGUGACAAAUAUGAUAGGCAAGCAGAAAAGGAUCACCUGUCCAAAUUGGUCUUCUCUACAGAAGAUGAGUUCAAUAAUGUUAGGAACAUGCUAUCAAAAGCUGAAAUGGAGCAUUGUUCUAAGCUGAUAUCUGAGGAUAAGGUUCUUGAGGAAAUGACUUCCCAUGAUCAGCUGAAAGGCAUGUUUUUAAAGAUUCAUUAUCCACCAACUGAGUCAAACAUUGUUUUUACUUACAACCAGAUUGCUCCUGAGUUAAGUUGAUAACGACUGACGUAAGAUGGAUUUAUUCUUUAAGGUGUGGCGCUCUCAAACUUUUGACUUCAUAUACUUGAAGUGUCUCACUGAUGGUGAUUCAUUGAUUAUAAGGGGAACUCUUGGUGUAAUCGCACUUGAAACACAUAAUAAUAUGCUAUUGCUAAGGCAUCCGUGCUCCUGAGUAAAAAAGUUCCAAGUUGAUUGACAUACAGCGGAAUUCCUGAUGCAGCAGACUGUAGUGUCCUUAUACUUCAUCAAAUAAUGGAUCUGUGAUUGCAUUAAGGUCACGCAUGAUCAAAUAGGACAACAGUCAAUUCUUACAUAAUGGGGUGGGCAAAGAAAGAAGCGUCAAUGAGCUCAGAAUGGACACAAGGUCACAGGCUGAGAAAUCUUCUUGUGUAUAAUGUUCUCAAGAUGCGAUGUAUAAUAAUGCUAUUGGUUCAUUUCAGGUGGUCCAAUAUAUUUCUUGAAAUAAAAGACAAUCUUAAUAUGAAUAAUAAACAGACUAGUUUAAGCUAUACUUGGUGUGACUGAUGCUGUCUCUUCUUGUCCAUGCAAUAAGAGUGGCAAUUUGCUUACAUAUUUAUGUGGGUAUAAUUGAAAUUUGGUUGUGCAUUGCUGCUUAUUGAGAGGUAAAUUUAUGCGUUUGUAGUUUUAAAUUUUAAAUCUAUGCAAUAGAGAUGUUUAUUUAUGGACCAGUGUUAUCCUGCCAUAAAUAUGGACCAGUGUAGUCCUCAUUGCCA